ACGUCUUUGCUGUCUUUGCGGCAGAGCACGUGCGGUACGCUAGCGGUGCGGUUGUGUCAGCUGGCAGUGCGGUCUCAGCUCGUUGGGUCAGGCAGAAUGUUUACAAACGUCGACGUCCGCGGCGUGGCACGAGGACGCUGCUCUCGCGACAAGUGCGAAUGCGACGGCUUUUCGCGCUCCCACACAGAAGUAAACGUCGGCGGAAGCGAGGUAGUCCAGUGCGGCUGGUGUUGCUACUGCGGACAUUCGCCAGUCUGUCACACUCGCGUUGGUGCAAACGUCCUUGGACAGGAGGAAAUUGUUUCAGUCAGCUGGCAGGCUGCCCGGCCACCAUCGCUUGACCUGUCGGUGUGUCAGGGCUGGGACGGUGACAAGUUGGAACCAGCACAGCCCCUGAUUGACGAUGAUGUCAUUCUGGUGGAAUCGGAGGACGAGAAGCCUGCCUUACCCGAUGAACACCAACAGCUAGAGCAGCGCAAGGAUGAUCCCUCUUCGGGUGUCUCCCCUUCAAACAGCGAUCUUCUGCAGCGGGUCGAGGAGCUCAAACGGGAGAAUGAUCAGCUAAAGGAGCAUUUCGCUGAUAGAAAAUUCCUUUCUGAAUCAAUUUCCAAGAUGUUGGAAUUGGGGAAGAGCCUUCAGCAACUGCUACCCGAACGAGAGAACAGAGACGAGAACAAUCCCAGGAACAGUGGCGUGACAAGUGCAGACAGCAAACUGCUGCCUGAACAAGAGGACGGUCCCGUGAGCUUUUCAAGAAAGGGUCGGAGGAACGUUCCACGGAAGGGUUUACGAAAGGGUCUUCGGAAGGGUCUCAGGAGGAAUUCCAGAAUUAAUGGAAGCAGCAGCACACUGGACAGCGGCAUAUGUAAUGACUCGUCCAUGGUGGAUAUCGGUAAUGGCGUCUUGGUGGAGGAAAAGCAACUGGAUGAGCUUUUCAAGUCCCACACCACCAGUGCAACCAAGUUUGGCCGCUGCCUCCUUCGCAUAGUCUUCACUCCGGAUGAACUACAAGGAAAGUGCCUCAUGGGGAGGAACAGCAAAGGAGCCGCCAAGCAGCCACUGGACUACAUCCGUGUGAGAGCUGUCAUAGACUAUACCUGCUCCAAGUUCGGUGUAAACAGACAACGCUUGAGGGCAAGCCUUUCUGCCAUGAUGUCUUACUGUCAAACUUGAAUAAGUCCACCUCUGUCAUUUCGUUGACGUCCACGUCAGCUCGGAAAAAUUGUUUAGCAUCCGCAAGUGUGGUUGCUGAGUAUUUGGGCAAGUUGCAAGUGAUCUGUGAUUCAUUUCUCACUGAAUUACCCUCAAAUUUUCCAGCUCAUUAUGAUACAUUGCAAUAUAGCAUGGCUUUUGUUGUUUAGCUUAAUGCUCACAACCAUUUAAAAUAUUUUUUAAAGAUAAAAUACUCAUUAAAUACCCAAGUGAUUUCAUCACAAUGUGAUUUUUGUAUGCCAAAGAAAUUUUAAUAAAUGCCAAGCUGUGAUAUUAACAAAGGUUUGUAAGAAGGAAGUGCAAUAUGCCAGUUUUCUACACACCAUAUUUAUACUUAUUUCUUGCUCUACCUUGGGUUUUUAAAGUUGUACUUGGUUUGUUUUUAGCUUAUUUAAGGCUUUGGAGGAAGUAUGGCCCAAUUUAACAGUAUGUGGUUCCUGUGGUUGACGCUUAUAUUUCCAGCAUCAUUGUUGAUCUCAUUUUUGAGUACCUUGCAUGGAGUUGUGAUCAUUGUUCAUCAGCUUGUAAUUUGGUACAAGCUUUGUAUGACAAGACAAUGGCAUGGCUGACAUGCUUUCGUGGUACCAUUUGGAGCUUUAGUGGGCAGGACUGUAAGAGGAGCACAAAUUUUAACAAUGACGAGCAUGCUAAUUGUUUUAAAAGCCUGCCCGUAUAAAUGUUGGGAUUUACAAGCUACUAUGGGCCUAUCGGAGACGUAAAUGUGAAAAGAUGUUGGUGGUGCCGUCGUGAGAAAUGGAAGCAGAGGUGUUAUUUUAAUGAGGAGCUGUAUUUUAAUUAGCUGAUGUUGUGAAGAGUCGGCAUUUGCAUCACCAAGAAGAUGCAUUCCUUUUAUUUUCCUUUGAUGAGAACACUUGUGCAACGCAAGUGUUUCUAAUAUGUGAUUGUACAAAGCGUCACCAUAAGGUGUUGUUAGCAGUGCUGCUUGUACUGUGCACUUUUCUUGUAUUCUGGAAACAGUAAAGGUUGUGACAUGCUAAAACUCUCUACUGAUGCCCUCUAUGUGCUGUUCUUCGGAGGCCACUCUGAUUAUUGCUGUUUUUUUACUUGACAUUUCGUAGCCUGCUGCAUGUUUUGUUUUGUGCAUAUUUGUGUCGUUCUGUGCAGUGAUCCAGAUUACACUGCACAUUGGUACUUCGAUAUUCCACCACAAGUUUUUCUGUAGUGUUGCUGUUACACUGUUUGUAAUAGCUAUCGUAUUGCUACUGCAUACUUUGUGGUGCAGAUGUACUUGUACAAGUAUAGUUGGUGUAAUAAUAGUUCUACCGUCCAACACAAAUGAGUUAUCGAUCAGUUUGUCAUUGGGACUUGCAGUAGGCGGUGUUAUGCAACAGCUGGCAGCACAUAGCUUAGGAGCUAGAUUGUCUGAGCGAACCUGUGUCGUUUCAGAACAGUGAAAAUACUAUAAAGUCCCAGUAUGGUGGCUUGAUGCCUGGGGCUGUAUCCCUGCAUGACCACUUUCGCGUGAUUGGCAUCGGGUGCAUCAGCAUCUGCGAACGACCACCUUGGCAUGAUGGCAAGCACGCUGCAUCGCAGUGCUGGGAGAGCUGUCAACUGUAGACGUCGACACUUCCGGUGGUAAUUGACCGAAAGUAUCGCCAUCUGGCAGUACAAAGAAUAAAUGUAUGAGCUACGAUGUCUGUGUUCAUCUCUGUGGUUUCAAAAUGGUGAAAAUCGUAUGGAGCCCCAGUAUGGCAUCCAGACAACAUCCGUGGCUGUGUUCUUGUACGACUACUUUCGCAGAUACUUCAUCGUGAUUGGCAUUGGGUGCAUCACUGUCUGCGAACGACUGCCUUAGCACAGUGCCAAGCACACAGACUCAUCGCAGUGCUUCGUAGAACUGUCGCUUGUAGACAAUUACAUGUGGAGCCUCGCAAAAGCAUCCCCGAAAGUAAUCUUCCAAGAAUCUUCCAGGAAAAGUGGAGAGAGUGUCUAUAUAAGUUGCAAGGGUCGCCUCCUGAAAUCAUGGGUUCGUGGCACUUCAUUGUCUAUGCUAUUAUUGAACUAAUUUGUAAAAUUCUUGCGGUAGAACACUCCUUAGAGGACGUGUAACAACUUGCAGCAUGUAACCAAAAUUUGCUAUGUGUCCUGGUUAUGGGGCCCAUUUGACGUAGUGCAAACCUAUGAUUUAGGGAGGCGAGCGUCACCGCCAGCAUAGACAACCUCUACACUUUACCAGUCAUGCCUCUGCAAGCAAAGCUCCUUAACCAUGUUCUCCCUUACGAGGGCUGGAGGAUCGCGUGGCGCAUAUGUCACGGGUCCCACUUUCUUUUCUCGCCCUUUCUUGCUGCGCAGCGCACUUCCGCGGAUGGCCGCUCACGCAAGCUGUUGUGCUUGCCUCGUUUUGCGUAGUGCAUGAACUUGUGCGCUUUGCACGGGAACACCUGACUAGUGGUAUAAAUCGGUGCUACACGAACACUGAGGCAGAUGCAAGCAAAUCACAGAGCAUGAUCGCGCACUGUAACAUGGCAGAAAAUGAUAGUUUAGUCCUCGGUGUGUGCGACACCACUUUGUUGGGAACAAGCAGAUGAAACACAUGUACAUCGCUUUGCUGCGGUGUGAAGUAAAACAAAAACAUGCAGAUAUUCGGUUUGUGCAUUUCUGUAAACAUUAAUUUGUCUAUUGAAAUAACAGAUGUUGCCUUGCAUAAUUUCACGCAAUAAUGCUAAAACGUCUUGUCAGCUCUCCUUUAAUCUUUGCUCGUCCAACAAUGCAAGCAUAGAAGCCAUUUGAAGCACAUUCAUUGUUUAUUACUGUGCAAUAACUUCCAUAUGGUCCGUUCCGAUACUAUCGUUGAUUUGGCUUUUUACUUGGUUUAUCAGCAGUGUUGCAAAGCAUGCUUUCUCUAUAAAACUUACUUUGUUGGUUUGGCUGAUCUCAAGUUGCGUUAUUGCUUUAUGAGUAGUUUCUCAGAUAUCACAAUGGUAUUAGUAAAUAUUUGGCUUGAAAGAUCAGUCAAGCCUCUGCAGUGCUUCAGGAAGUGCACCAUUGUUGCAGGGUUAUUCAAGUGAACUUACUUUGGUGUCUAGGUCGUGGGUACAGCACUGAGAAUGACAGCAUAUUGCAGCCAUUUCACUGUUUUCAAACCUGAGCUACAACAUUAACGUGGUGAAAUCGAUACAUGAGGCAGGUGAAAGUCAGGUGGUGAAAGAUCUAAUUUUGCUUGCACUUUCAAAUGUUGAAAAAUUUAUCUGGAAGUGAAUAAUGCAGGUUAGGCUAGUCGGUGUUGAUGGAUUUAGUACAUGUAUGACACAGUUCCUGGUGCGAACAAGACUACAGAUGGGACAGGACGGAUCGUUCUGUCCUGUCCCACCUUUUUUCCGUAGUCUUGUUUGUGCUAGUAACUGUCACAGCAAACCUGUCUGGAAGUGAUUUUGAAAAUGCUUUCUAGUAUCCAGUCUUAUAGAAAAACUGAUUUUGUGGCGAAGAUUUUCGUAGCUACUCUGUCAGUGGCCAUGCACUAUGCAACACAUUUGUGUUAGUAUGUAUGUUUGAAAGCUCUGUGAUAUUUGCUCUGGCAGUUGUUUCCUAUCAAGCAUGUGGCUUCUGGUCAAAUGGGCUUUCAUUUUUUGUGUUUUAAGUGCAUUAGAGAUGUUCUCAGCAGUUGUAUGUUCUGGAGAACGCUCUACAACAGACAUACAAUUGCAUGGUUUAUUCCAAUUUCAUACAGCUGGUGAAGCUGCUUAGAGCCAAAGUAUGUGAAGUAAACUUUUCAUAAAGCGAUUAAAUGCUAUUUCUCAAAGUGCAA